CGCUCGUCCAAACGGCACAACAACGAAUUUCAGGCUUUUUUCUGGACAGUUUGUACAUUAAUGUCCCCGUGCGGGACUUCAUCUGCGUCAGCCCAGAAAAAAUGGCUUCAUUUGGAGUUUUGCCAGCAGGCCAGCAGCUUUCUUUAUUUGAGACUGUGGCUGUUAGGUCUAGUCAGAAUGUGUACGGGUUGAUUUCUAUGUGCUGUCGCGUGCAGCAGGCGCUUGUGUUGGUUUAAACGCGUGAAUGGUUUGCCCAUGGUUUAUUAUAUGUUGAUGUUUGGAUGGAUACGCACAGAUUGUGCUUUAGCAUACAUAUAACAUGCGUUUGUGUGUUUGUUUUAAUGCUGGUUAGCCUUUAGCAGGUUUGCUUUGCAGCAGUGGUCGUCGCGGUGUGGGUCCUGCUUAGACAACAAACUGAGGAGAUUUAGAUGUAUUACUUGAAUACUGAACUGAAUAUCUCCAAUAAAUGAUUUAUUACUGGAGUCAAAGGCAGGAUGAUGAGCUUUUGUAAGAGCAUCGUUGUAUUACUCGUGUGCGCUGUGUUUGGUGCUGUGACAGAUGAUGAGCAGUCAGUGUCAGUAAAUGAGGGAGAAUCAGUCACUCUACACACUGAUGUUACUACUAAACUACAGAACAAUGACAAGAUACGGUGGAUGUAUGGAGAAGAAGGCUCUGUCACACUUAUAGCUCAAAUGUCUGGAAGUAGUAUCAAAUAUGAAGAUUUUCACGAUGAUAGAUUCAAAGACAGACUGCAGAUAUUUGACCGUCAUACUGGAGAUCUCAUCAUCAAGAACAUUAAACACAAACACUCUGGACGAUAUAAAGUAGGUUUUGAAAGCAACACUGGAACAACAUACAAGAGAUUCAGAGUUAAUGUCAGCGAUGCUCCACAUGUUAUCAGUGCUGGUACAGAUGAAGUGAAGUCAGUGUCAGUGAGUGAGGGAGAUUCUGUGACUCUACACACUGAUGUUCAAACACACAGAGAUGAUCUGAUACUGUGGAGGUUUGGAGAUGAAGGUCUUCUCAUAGCCAAAGAUGAUAAAGAAGACAAUAAGAGUUCAAUAUAUAAUGAUGCUGAUGGGAUGUUCAGAGACAGACUGAAGAUAGAUGAUCAGACCGGAUCUCUCAUCAUCACAAACAUCAAAACCACAGACACUGGAGUUUAUAAACUAAAGAUCAGUAGCAACAGAGACACAAAACUGAAGACAUUUAUUGUUUCUGUCACUGUCAGAGAACGAGGUCUAUCUUCAGGACAGGUAGCAGGAAUAAUCGUUGGUGUCCUGCUGGCUAUUGCUGUUGUUAUUGCUGUUGGUGUGUUUUCAUAUCGCCGCAUUAAUUAUGAACUACAGAAACGGAAAGUUAAAGUGAUGACGGUGAUUGAGAGUGGUUCUGUCACUCUAGAGUGUGAUGUCACUAAACUCCAGUCAGAUGAUGUCAUCCAGUGGAUCUUUAGAGAUGAAGUGAUAGCCACAUUCAAUAAGAACAACAAGAUCUCUAGUGUUGAAGAGAGACUCACAGACAGACUGAAGGUGGAUGAUCAGACCGGAUCUCUCAUCAUCAAAGACAUCAAAACAGAAGACGCUGGACUGUAUAAAGUGAAGAUCAGCAGCAGCAGUCGAGUGAAAUCAUUCCUUCAGCUCAUCACCGGUGGAGGACCAUCAUACUCUCAAUUCAAUGUUAUUGUCAAAGUGAGUAAAGUGGAAAACAGUUCUGUCACUCUAGACACUGGUGUUACUGAACUACAGACUGAUGAUGUGGUCCAGUGGAGGUUUGGAGAUGAAGAAACUCUCAUAGCUGAAAUCAAGAGAAAGAACAAGAUCGCUACAGAUGAUGAGAGAUUCAGAGACAGACUGAAGCUGAAUUUGUUUGGAUCUCUCACCAUCACAGAUCUCAGAACUGAACACACUGGACACUAUAAACAGAAGAUCAUCAGCAGCAGCAGAGGAACAUCAUACACUCAGAUUGAAGUUAUUGUCGAAGAUGAAAUGACAACUGUAGAGUUGGAAGGUUCUGUUACUUUAAAGACUGUUGUUACUGAAAUACAGUUUAAUGAUAAGAUACAUUGGACAUUUGGAUAUGAAGAGACUCUUAUAGCGCAAAUCAUUGGAGGGACCGAACCCUCAUUAUGUGACUUUGAAGAUGAGAGAUUCAGAGACAGACUGAAGCUGAACCCUCAGACUGGAGAUCUCACCAUCAGAGACACCACAGCGGGAUGCACUGGACUUUAUCAAGCACAGAUCCACAGCCGCAGGAGAGAGACAGAAUACAAAGGAUAUAAGGUUGCCAUCUUUGUGUUCACUUAUAGAGGAGAAUCUGUCACUCUAAACACUGAGAGUAAAAUACAGAGAGACGGUGAGAUCAAGUGGAUCUAUGAUAAGACAACCCCUCUGAUAACUGGAAAGAAUGAGAUCAAAUAUACAAAUGAUGAGAGAUUCAAAGACAGACUGAAGAUGAAUCCUCACACUGGAGAUCUCACCAUCACAGACACCAGAUGGACGGACGGAGGACUUUACACAUUACAGCAGAUCAACAGUGAUGGAAAGAUCUCGUACAGAAUAUUUCAGCUUUUUGUCAGGGAGGAGAGGAUCAGAUCAGUAGAGUUGGGACGUUCUGUCACUCUAGAGACUGAUGUUACUGAAAUACAGACCAAGAUAGUGUGGACAUUAACAAGUGAAAACCUUCCCAUAGCUCAAAUGACUGUAGGGACUGAACCCUCAUAUAACUCUAAUGAUGAGAGAUACAGAAACAGACUGAAGAUGAACCCUGAGACUGGAGAUCUCACCAUCACAUACAUCACAUCUGAACUCACUGGAGUUUAUGCAGUACAGAUCCACAGCCGCAGUAGAGAGACAGAAUGUGGGAUAUACGUUGUUGCCAGAAUGGUGUUCGCUGACAAGGGAGAAUCUGUCACUUUACACACUGAGAGUGAAAUACAGAGAGACAGUGACAUCAAGUGGAUGUUAGAUGAUAUUUACCGUCUGGUAGCUGGAAAGAAUAGAGACAGCUUUUUGAUGAAAUAUACAGAUGUUGAGAGAUUCAGAGACAGACUGAAGAUGAACCCUGAGACUGGAGAUCUCAUGAUCAGACACAUCAGACAGACAGACGCAGGAGUUUACAGAUUUCAGCAGGUCGACAGUGAUGGAAACAUCUCGUGCAGGAUAUUCUGGGUUUGCAUCAGGUACGGUGGUUCUCCAGAUCAGAUCAGGCAGAACUCAGAUGAGAUUCUGGACAGCUCUUCUGUGUCGCGUCUGCAGUGCAAGAAUGGAUUUUGAAAGUGUAAAUAAAACAAACAUAUGGCGCUACAGACAUCUGAAUGACGCGAACCAGUUCUUCACUGCUGUGUUUCCGGGAGAUUAACCUGCUGAGAACAUGACUACAAACAUACAACGUGAUCUAUAAACUAUACUAUAAAUACACUAUAAAAAUGGCAAGCUUAGAAUUUAUAAAUAAGUUGUUAAUUUGGCGAAAUAAUGAUUACAUCAGCUCUUCGAAUGAAUGAACGCCCAUUGGCCGUUUGUUCGUUUUAAAAACAUUCCCCUGCUGGCGGAAACAGGUACUGACAGACUUCUUUCCGGAAAAGAAACAAAUUAAAAGUCAUCAUAAUAAAAUAUAUUGUAUUAGGCUCAUUUUCUUAUUAAUAGGUAAGAUGUGCCUACAGUUUAAAUGGCUGUUUACUUGAUUUACAACAAUACUGUUUAGACAACACGGAGUUGACAUCACACAUGGCAUUCAAGAGCUGUGAUGAGGUGAAAGGUCAGGAUGCUGAUGUAGCUGAUGAGGUGAAAGGUCAGGAUGAUUCUAGAGCUGAACACACACAACAUUUUCUACAUGUUGUCUAUAAACGAGUUCCAGAUCCUUAUACAGACACGAGCUCCAGAUAUUCCUGUAUCCACGUCACGUUUAUUUUAGUAUACUGGGUUUAUUUGAUAGGGACCGUGUACAACAAAGUAUACAAAAAAUCUUUUCAACUGUAGUCCCGAAUGGCCUAACAUGUUUGACAUGCAGAAAAGCCAAUGAUCUACAAAAAAGAAAAAAUGCAAACAAUUAAAGAUGAAGCUAGAUUCAGAAUCAGUUAGAUGGUCAGUUUAUCUCCGGAUGGUUGAACUUGCCCACUGACCUGAGGCACACUAAGCCACAGAGUACAUUUUUAGAUGGACUGCUUGUUUGUCACCUCUGUUCUCUCACACCAACACAUUUAUAUCAGUAGCGAUCUGUCAUUUGUUUUCCAUGAGCUCAUUUCUCAGUAAACAGACGCUCAACACAUUGACCACAA